UAACCUUGACGCUUAAAAAUGUGAUGAAGUGACACUAUUAUUCGGUUUCAGAGACGACUCUAGCAGGUGUCCGAGUUGUACAAAUGAAGUUUAGCUAAGCUACCAGUCUGUUUUCAGGGUAAGGUGAGUUGAAAUGUACGGACGAGCUCCAAGAGUGACUUUCCUGUCAGCAGCCGGCACUUCAUCAGCAGUUGGCCCGGGCUCGUACGACGUCACAACAAGCAGUCCUAAACUAUCAGGUGGCUAUGCUCCAUUCCUGACCUUGACGGACAGACAGUCAGUAUUCAGUCAGUCCGGUGAGAUUACACCAGGACCUGGACAGUAUGACUCCUCACCUGUCAAGCCAAAUAUCCAUGGUGGCCGCAGUCUGCAGAACCGCUCCAACCGUUUUGAGGAUGUAAUUUCGAAGGUUCCAGGCCCCGGGGCCUACAAUGUACUGCCUGCCUCGGGAAACAUGCUAAGGGCUGUAACGGCUAAAGCAGGACAGGCUGAGAAGCUUGGCAGGAAAACGUGUCUUCAGGCUAAAAGUCUCCGGCUGGUUCGUCAGUCAGAUAUCCCAUCCAUUCCUUCCCCCGGCCAGGCCUAUGGCUAUGAGGAAGAUGCCCUGGGUGUGCUCCUCAAGCAGCCGCCCCCUCCCAGGGACACUACCCUGGGGCCAGCCUACUACAAUCCGCUGCUGUCAGAGAAGAGUUCUGCACAGAAAUAUAAAGGAGUCCACUUUGGCAACAUGACAGGGAGGAGAGGGGAGGUGACAGUGCAGGAGGGACCGGGUCCAGGACAAUAUUACCCUGAGAUAAUCCUAGAAAUACAGUAUGAGAAUGUGAACCUUCAGAAGGAGCAGAAAGGCAGAGCUGAGCUUAUCAUCCCUCGGUACCACGAACUGGUGCCCAAGCAAGAGGAAAAGAAGGGAGUUCCUGGUCCGGGCCAGUACCACAUCAGAAGUCAGUUUGAGCAGCCUGUGAAGUCCAGUGGUAACCAGCCGAAGGUCACUUACCCCUUCCUCUCUCAGACUGAGAGGUUUAGCUCUGCAAAAGAAUUGUCGCCCCCUGUUGGUGUGUACAAUGACCCACGCUCUGCCCUGGAGCUGCUGAAGAGGACCACAGGAGUAAAGAAAAGCCCAUUUGGCAUCACUUCAGUGCGCUUCCCUCGUAACCACAAAACAUGCUCCGCACCAGGUCCAGGGUCUUAUAAUGUGUUCGAGCAUGGUGUAGCCCAGGACAGUUUAAAAAAGGCAGUUUUAGGAAGAACCACAAAGGGAGGCUUUGGCUCCACUGCUCAACGCAACACCAUCUUCAACAACAAGAAUUUGGCAGAGGCCCCAAGUCCAUGGCAGUAUGAGACAGAAAAGAAGACAGAAGAGGACUACAAAAAACAGCACACUGCAGCUUUCAAAUCAGCCACACAACGUCUGGCAUUAUCACUCCUGGCUAAAGAUUCCCCUCCACCCAACAGCUAUAAUGUGAGUCAGACAUUUGAGAAGGCUAAUGGCCGCUCUUACUUAGAACCCCGAAAUGAAGGAGCUAAGAGACGACAGAGCUGCUUCCUCUCUGCUGCACCGCGGGAUAAUUCCUUCCUGCAACGUGACCCCACUGUACCAGGGCCUGGCCAGUAUAACCCUAGUGUGAAAUCCUUCCCUCAAAUGGCUCUGAUCUCCUCCAGAGAAGAUCGAUUCAAAGUCUCCGUGAACACCAACCCUGGACCAGGCGCUUAUCAGCUGAGUCAAGGCAUCAUGAACACAGUACUGAAGGGCACCUUCAAUGUGACACUCAACAACCCUCUGGGCCCCUGCUGUUCCCCCCGUGUGGCCCCUGGCCCUUUAACAGCCCGUAAGACCAAUGACACUGUUGCGCCCAACACCUUCAUCAGCGCCAACACUUCUUAGAGCUCUUUGUGGGUCAACGUUCAGAGGUGAAAGGCAGCAGUCUGGAGGAGGAUGACUGCUCUUUAUUCAGUGUUGCAAAGUAAAAUACCUACAAUGAAGCCUGCGUCUACAGCUGAUGGUUCCCUCAUUCCUCACUCUCAGUAAUGACAAGCUCAACACACUGAUUCAGCUGUUUUUGUGGAUUGGUUCCCUGUGUAUAAACCUCUUUGUUAAUCAAUAACAAUUAAAAAGCUA